AUGACGAUAAUUGGUACAAGCAUACCUCGCGCCACAAGAAUCUUUUUCCUAUUGGCAUCCCUGUCAUUGUUUUUGUUGCAGGAUGUCUCUGCUCAAAAGGAAAACAAGGAACCAAAGGCCCCCAAGAAUCAAGACCCUCCUCCUCCGAGCAUCAGCAAUGUGCCAAGUUUGAGUCCAACCAUUCGACAGCCGUCCUUGGUCCCUACACCGGAAGACAGCUCCAAUCCUACCUCCUUUCCUUCCGCACCACCCACUCCGAUUGCAUCAGAUGCCCCAUCCAGUCUGGAUUCUAAUAGUCCCACCGACACGGCAUCCGAUGUGCCUACUGAUGCAUCUGAUCCACCGACUAUGGGUCCCUCGGACGCUCCUUCCCUCAGUCCUACAGAGAGGCAGCUGCAAUCCUCCUCAGAAACACCAACUACGACGGUAGGCUCGGAUAUCCCAGUCGUGGACGAUUCGGCAGCACCUUCAAUGGCCACUUCGACAGCACCUUCAAUGGCCACUUCGGCGAGUCCCAGUGAGCCUUCCAUUGAAGUUUCCACUCCCCCAACUGAACUUGAUUCGGCCGCGCCAACAGUCUCUGAAAGCGCCAGUCCUUCGCAGCUUCCCUCCAUCCUUGGUGCUUCAGCCCAACCCAGCAUGACAGCCUCCAUGCCACCUUCUGCACAACCUUCUACUUCUUCGGUUCCCUCGGACCUUCCCAGCACUACGCCUUCUAUGAAUGAUGACCAAAAUAAUAACAAUACCACAGGCUUGCAGUGCGUCGACGACCCUUCCUUUACCAAUUUGACACCCGAUGCUUUUGGAAAUGUGACCAACUGCGCCUGGUUUGAAUAUUACGUCUUUAAUUCCUGUCAAGACUUUGGAGGAUGGACCGACAGCAAUGGCAAUACUCCCAAUGCUUCCUGUUGCGUCUGCGGAGGUGGCCUGUUGGUGGAUCCCGACGCGCCGAGUCCUACCACCGCACCCGUCUCGGAACCACCCACUACGCCCAUGCGGUGUGGGUGCCGUUCGUGCACCGAUGAGAUUUGGAACAAACCCACGGGAACCUCGUCCUUUUCGUGCGGUGAUCGAAUUUCCUUCUUGAUGCAAGCCUCCGGGGGGUCCUUGAGUGAAGCACGAGCCUGUUAUCAAAUUGGACACGACGAGUAUCCAGACGAUUGCAAAUUUUGCGAUUCGCAGCAUUGUGUUUUGGACGAUCCAACAGAUCAUUUUCACUGUGGCUGUCCAUCGUGUGGCGACGAGGCUUGGGAUGCCGAUGCCGACGGGGAAUCCUGUGGAGAUCGCAUCAUGUUUUUGCAAAAUGAAUUGAAUGUGGAACGACGAAAGGCAUGCGAACAAGUGGGAUUUUUGGAAUUUCCGGAUCAAUGUGGUUCCUGCGAUCCCAAUACUUGUGCGGCAACCAGAAGUAGUAGUCCCGCGAGAUUGCUGGAGAGCAAUACCAUAUUCAAGACGAUGCUUACACUCCCCAUCCUAGUCUAUUUGACCAACGCAAUGCUUUGA